AUGCCCACUACCCGUAGAGCAACUGGCGGCGCCCGAGCCCAGCACGGCCCAGGAAAGGGUCAAUCCACUCUCAGCUUUUCCAACAGGGUGUCCAAGUCCGUGUCGCGACAGGAUGCCAAGAAACCAGUUGUUUCUCCUAUUACCGAAAAGGAUGCCGAGGAGGACGUCCCGGAAGUGACCAAGGUCGAGGUCGAGCCUGAAGAGACUCUCGAAGUUGAACAGAAGGAGACUAAGGAGGAGACUGAGGAGGAGGCCGUGGAGGAGGAGCAAGUGCCAACCAAGUCCGAGGCCGAACUCCGGGCAGAGAAGAUCUCGGAUGCGCAGAUUGCGAAAUACUGGAAGAACGUCCAGGCGCAAAGCAUCGCGCCACAGGUUCAUGUCGAGGACGUCAGUCUUGGGGAAAAGAUUCUGCGUCACUUUGACGUGAGCCUGCAUUAUGGGCCCUGUGUCGGUAUCCAAAGGCAGAAACGCUGGGAACGGGCGGAGAAACUGGGCCUGAACCCGCCCAUCGAAGUCCUUGCCGUUCUUCUUAAACAGGAGAGCCCGGGGAAGCAACAGGCGCAUAUGGAUGAGCUCCUCAACUCGACAGCUGUGGGCGCAUAA